GACAAAGACCGCGUUUCUGUGGUCCAGUACGGUAGAGAUCAAGAAGUUAAUUUCUAUCUGAACACAUACACCACGAAGGGCGACAUUCUUGACAUCGUCAGAGGUCUGAGGCACAGAGGAGGUAGACCCCUCAACACUGGGGCAGCCCUCCAGUAUGUAAGGGACAACGUCUUUACUGCCUCCUCAGGAAGCAGAAGCCAAGAUGGUGUCCCUCAGAUGCUGAUACUGCUGAGUGGCGGGAGGUCCAAUGAUAAUGUUGAUAUACCAGUUUCUGCCCUCAAAGAGAGUGGGGUCUUGAUCUUUGGCAUUGGAAACAGAAAUUCUAGCAAAGAGGUUCAAAGGAUUGCCUCUGACCCCAGUUAUUCCCAGUCUGUUUCUGAAUUCUCUGAUCUCCCCAGCGUCCAGGAUAAGUUUUUCUCCUCACUCAUUACUGUACACGUUGGCGCAACACCCAUUUCCCCAACAGUCAUAGUGGACCUAAGCGUCGCCAGAAAGGAUGUAUUAUUCUUGCUGGAUGGUUCUGAUGGCACUAGGAAUGGCUUCCCAGAAAUGCGUGACUUUGUUCAAAGAGUAGUGGAGAAACUCACUGUAGGGGAGAACAGAGAUCGAGUCUCUGUGGUACAGUAUAGCAGAGAACCAGAGGUCCACUUCUAUCUGAACACUUACACAAGAAAAGAAGAGGUUGUUGACACCGUAAGAGGGCUGAAGCACAAAGGAGGGAGACCCCUCAACACUGGAGCAGCUCUCCAGUAUGUCAGGGACUACGUCUUUACUGCCUCCUCUGGAAGUAGGCGCCUUGAAAGUGUUCCACAGAUUCUGAUACUGCUAAAUGGGGGAAGGUCCUAUGACAAUGUAGAUAAACCCUCUUCUGCUCUCAAGGAGCUUGGUGUCUUGGUGUUUGGAAUUGGAACAAGUAGCUCUGAUAGCAGAGAGUUACAGAAGAUAUCCUAUGACCCCAGUUAUGCUCUCUCCGUGUCUGAAUUUACUGACCUUCGCAACAUCCAACAGCAGCUUCUUUCUGCCAUGAACACUGCCAUUAUACAGGACACAACCAUGACACCAACACUAAUACCAACAAUACUAGUUGAGAGUCAGGCUCCCAGGAGGGAUGUUGUGUUCUUGCUGGAUGGAUCUGAUGGCACUAGGAGUGGAUUCCCAGCCAUGCGUGACUUUGUUCAAAGAGUGGUGGAGACACUCAGUGUGGAUGAGAACAAAGAUCGCGUUGCGGUGGUCCAGUACAGUAGAGAUCCAGCCGCCCAAUUCUAUCUGAACACAUACAACAAAGGAGAGAUUCUCAACACUGUAAGAGGUCUGAGACACAAAGGCGGGAGACCUCUCAACACUGGAGCAGCUCUCCAGUACGUGAGGGACAAUGUCUUUACUGCCUCCUCCGGAAGCAGACGCUUGGAAGGCGUUCCACAGCUACUGAUUCUGUUGAGUGGUGGAAGGUCCGUUGACAAUGUUGACACGCCAGCCUCUGCUCUGAAGGAGCUUGGGGUUUUGGUCUUUGGAAUUGGAACAAGGAGCUCUGAUAGCAGAGAAUUGCAGAGGAUAUCACAUGAUCCCAGUUACGCUCUGUCUGUCUCAGACUUUACUGACCUUCCGAGCAUCCAGCAGCAACUUCUGUCCUCGGUGGAGGCAGUGGUUAUUGAUGUUACUCCAGAAUCACCAACAGUUUUAGUUGAUCAUGACACCGCCAGAAAGGAUGUGGUAUUCCUUCUGGAUGGUUCUGAUGGCACAAGGAAUGGAUUCCCAGCAAUGCGUGAUUUUGUUCAGAGAGUAGUAGAGAAACUCAAUGUGGGAGGAGACAAAGACCGCGUUUCUGUGGUCCAGUACGGUAGAGAUCAAGAAGUUAAUUUCUAUCUGAACACAUACACCACGAAGGGCGACAUUCUUGACAUCGUCAGAGGUCUGAGGCACAGAGGAGGUAGACCCCUCAACACUGGGGCAGCCCUCCAGUAUGUAAGGGACAACGUCUUUACUGCCUCCUCAGGAAGCAGAAGCCAAGAUGGUGUCCCUCAGAUGCUGAUACUGCUGAGUGGCGGGAGGUCCAAUGAUAAUGUUGAUAUACCAGUUUCUGCCCUCAAAGAGAGUGGGGUCUUGAUCUUUGGCAUUGGAAACAGAAAUUCUAGCAAAGAGGUUCAAAGGAUUGCCUCUGACCCCAGUUAUUCCCAGUCUGUUUCUGAAUUCUCUGAUCUCCCCAGCAUCCAGGAUAAGUUUUUCUCCUCACUCAUUACUGUACACGUUGGCGCAACAUCCAUUUCCCCAACAGUCAUAGUGGACCUAAGCGUCGCCAGAAAGGAUGUAGUAUUCUUGCUGGAUGGUUCUGAUGGCACUAGGAAUGGCUUCCCAGAAAUGCGUGACUUUGUUCAAAGAGUAGUGGAGAAACUCACUGUAGGGGAGAACAGAGAUCGAGUCUCUGUGGUACAGUAUAGCAGAGAACCAGAGGUCCACUUCUAUCUGAACACUUACACAAGAAAAGAAGAGGUUGUUGACACCGUAAGAGGGCUGAAGCACAAAGGAGGGAGACCCCUCAACACUGGAGCAGCUCUCCAGUAUGUCAGGGACUACGUCUUUACUGCCUCCUCAGGAAGCAGAAGCCAAGAUGGUGUCCCUCAGAUGCUGAUACUGCUGAGUGGCGGGAGGUCCAAUGAUAAUGUUGAUACACCAGCCUCUGCUCUGAAAAAAAUGGGAGUUAUGAUAUUCAGUGUUGGAUCUCGAGCCUCAGACAUUAAUGAGUUACAACGCAUUUCCUUUGAUCCAAGUUAUGCUCUUUCAGUGUCUGAGUUCAGUGAUCUUCCAAACAUCCAAGAGCAGCUACUCACAAGAGUUGAAACUUUCAAUAUUAGUCUUAUUGGAGAAACUAUGAUGGGACAUAGAGAUGUUGUAUUUCUUCUGGAUGGUUCUGAUGGCACAAGGAAUGGAUUCCCAGCAAUGCGUGAUUUUGUACUCAAAGUAGUGGAGAAUCUCAAUGUCGAAGGAAACAAAGACCGCAUUUCCGUGGUUCAGUAUAGUAGAAAUCAAGAGGUACAUUUCUAUCUGAACACAUACACCAAAAAGGAGGACAUUCUUGACAGCAUAAGACAUCUGAGGCACAAAGGUGGUAGACCCCUCAAAACAGGGGCAGCACUCCAGUUCGUUAAAGACCACAUCUUUAAAGACACCUCUGGAAGCAGACGUUAUGAAGGUGUCCCUCAGAUAUUGAUUUUGCUGAGUGGUGGACAGUCAAAUGACGCUGUUAGCCAAGCUGCCUUUGAUAUGAAAGGUCAAGGAAUUCAGAGUGUUGGCAUUGCCAUCAGACAGGCCGACACUAGAGAAAUGCAGUCAAUUACAUCUGAUCCACAGCUCAUCCUUGUGGCACGAGACUUUUCAGGUCUGUCAGCAAUGCAUCUGGAGCUCUUAUCAUCAAUUGCUCAGGUUUCCAGUCCUGGUUUGAUAGUGGAAUCGCGGAUUGGACAACGUGAUGUUGUGUUCCUCGUCGACGGCUCAGACAGGAGUCGGAGUGGGUUUCCUGCUAUGCGAGACUUUGUACGAAGAGUUGUGGAAAACCUUGACGUUGCCGAAGACAGAGACAGAGUAGCAGUGAUCCAGUUCAGCAGUGACGCUGUAGUGUACUUCUACUUGAGUUCCUUUUCAUCCAAGGACACUGUCAUCAGCAAGAUACGAUCAUUAAGACAUAAGGGAGGAAAAUCACGCAACACUGAGACAGCUCUACAGUAUGUUAAGGACAAUGUCUUUAGCACCAUCUCUGGAAGCCGACAUCUUGAAGGUGUUCCACAAGUACUGAUACUGCUCACAGGAGGACCCUCCAGCGAUAGUGCUAGGCAGCCGGCUUCAACACUUAAAGAUCUUGGCAUUUUGAGCUUUAGUAUUGGCACAGACUCAGUUGGUCUUCCCACCACUGCUCAUGAUUUUGUUUUUCCAAUCAAUGACUUUGGAGAGCUUCCAGACAUCUUAUUAGAUGUACUGUUCACUUUAAAGCAUACCACUCGUAUUGGUAAGUAACCUUAUUUUUCUAAGUGUCACUUGUCUAUUCUCUUCAUAUUGGAAAGACAAUUUGGUGACAUCCAAAGAACUAUGGAAUAAUCGAAAGUUAGUCAAUGAGUUAAUUUGAAAAUAAAACAUGAGUCGUUAUGCAAAACACAGCCUAUAUUUAUUGUAAUUUCUAGCUCAACCUGAAGAAACCACCAAGAAGGAUGUUGUUUUCUUGUUUGAUGGAUCUGAUGACAUUAUAAAUGAGUUCCCAGUUAUACAAGACUUUAUACUGAGAGCUGUUGAGAAGCUCAAUGUGAAUGAGAACAAAGACAGAAUUUCUGUGGUCCAGUACAGCAAGGAUGCCAUGGUCAAUUUCUAUUUCAACACUUAUGCAUCCAAAAACAAGGUUAUACAUGCAAUCAGAGGCAUCACACUUAAAGGAGGGAGACCCCUUAACACUGGAGCAGCUCUUCAGUAUGUCAGGGACAAUGUCUUUACCUCUUCCUCUGGCAGCAGGCACAUGGAGGGUGUUCCACAAAUACUAAUUUUGAUUAGUGGUGGGAAGUCUAGUGAUAGUGUUGAACCCUCAGCGAUCGCGCUAAAGCGUAUUGGUGUGGUCCCUGUCAGUAUUGGCCUUAAAAAUGCUGACUAUAGGGAGAUGCAGUCAAUCUCAAAUUCCCCUAACGAAACAUUUUCUGUCCGUGACAUGCGGAACCUCCAAAACAUCCAGACAGAGCUCUUUUUUGCUUUGUCAAGACUUGUCAAAGCCAGGUAUCCUGAUCCUACCAUAUUCAUUAGCUCGGGAGGUAAGACACUUAGAAGCAAAGUCCUUCAGCUGAAGUGUUCAAUCAUUGUUUGCAAAAGGAUAUUGAACAUUGUUUUAAAAAAUACUUUUGAAAUGUAUUAGCCCACCUACUACAAACGGAGCAGUGGUUUAUUAAAAAUGUUUGUUCUCC